AUGAUGAAUUUGAGAUACACUUUUAUAACGUUAGGUGAUGCAUCCCGUGACUUGCCCGCUAUGCAGGUCGAAAGUGUACCUAGUUGUGGAGUUCGAGCCAUUGCUUACCAUCCGGCAUCGACCCAGGAAAUGUUGGUUUGGUCAGAUCACUUGCUGCAUGCUGCUGAAGAAAGAUUGCCAGUGGUGAUGCUGAUAAUACUGCCCGAGCACAGCGACAAGGGUUGUUCGAUUAGCCGCUUCCAUGACCACACAGGCGGGACACCCCGACCCCCUGCCAGGGUCAGUGCAGCUUCUCCACGAGCUUGUGCCAUGAGCUGCCGGCUUGCUCGCGUGAGCUACCCUGGCACUCUCCAAGGCUGCCUUUCUGCCUUCAGGUUCUGUUGGGCAGGUGGCAUGCUGCUGACAGAGUGCUUUUGCUCCGGAAAAUCUUCAUCCCAAAUCCACCCUCCACACUCCCCACCCAACAUGAUGCCGGCGGCGGUUAAGAGUGAUUUCUUGCAGAAUAUAAUAAUGGAGAUGAAGAGGAGUUCCCAUGAAAUGUUCCCACAGUUCACCGCCUGCGGCGUUGAACAGCCCCAGCGGCACUCGUCUGCGGCGCAGCGCGGACACGACGUCGACAAUUCAACUUCGGUGUCUGGAUACGCUAUGAAUUCAUUCCAUUUCGACUACGGAGUAUUACUCCGUACCUAG